AGUUGCAUUGAGAAAACAUGAGAGUUGUGAGCAAAAUCUAGUGACGAAUGUUCGCUCCCGUGCAUUAAAAAUUAUUUUGCAUGGCAAAUGAACUACAAAUUCGACGUAAAAUUCCUUUUGUCAAAAUAACCAAACAUCACACUCGCAUCUAGCGAAGCGAGGGCUCAAGAAAACGCGCGGAUGAUACAUCUAUACCCAAUUUUAAACAGAAAGUCACUUCAACGUCACGAGUUAGGACAAUAUCAAUCAAUUGGAGCUCAAAUACGAACAAUUUAAGUAGCAAAGAAGCUCACGAUUAGUGUUCCCUUCUCCACCCCGCUACUGACUGUGAAGUGACAUUCUGAUCAAAUGGGGUGUAGAAUAGCAGAAUCAAACCGGAAUUGAAUGACAUCAAGUCCACUUCAGAGGCCCUCUCAAAAUCGAAUUAUUUCGUACCGGUUUAUUAUCUAUUCUGUGUUUUUAUUGCUUCUUUAGGCAGGGAUUGUAUAAUCGUAUCGUAUUUGUUUCUAUCGCAAGUGAAUUAAGUGAAGUGCAACAAUGUUUAGGUUAUGUGCAAAUUUGAGACUAACACAACUUCCCAAAAGUGUUCCUAAAAGUUUUAUUAUAACUCUUGGAUUGAGGCGUUACUCAUCACCUGCAAAAGAAGCAAAAAUAUCAGUUGAUGGUGUCAACAUCAAUUAUGUGAAAGUGGGCACUGGACAACAGAAUGUUUUAUGCUUUCCAGGCAUGUUAGGUACAAUAUGGACAGAUUUUAAACCUCAAAUUGAAAAAUUGGACACAUCUAAACUGACUGUUUUUGCAUGGGACCCACCUGGGUAUGGUGGAAGCUUUCCUCCUAAUAGAACAUAUCCUCCAGACUUUUAUUAUCAAGAUGCAGAAUGGGCAUUAAAAUUCAUGAAGGCCCUUAAUGUUCAACGCUUCUCACUUCUGGGGUGGAGUGAUGGAGGAAUUUCUUCUCUGAUCCUUGCAGCUAAACACCCUGGUCAUAUUGAAAAAUUAAUAGUUUGGGGAGCAAAUGCAUUUGUAACUGCUGAGGACACAAAAUUAUAUGAAGGUAUUAGAGAUCUUAAAAACUGGUCAGACCGCAUGAAAGCACCUCUGAUUAAGAUAUAUGGAGAAGAAUAUUUGAGCAAGACUCUAAGUUCUUGGGUUGAUGCUCUAGUAGAUAUACAAAAAAAUCAAGUUAAUGGUGAUAUUUGUAGAUGGCUUCUUCCUUUUAUUCAGUGCCCAACUCUAAUCAUUCAUGGGGCCAAAGAUCCUAUGGUACCAUCUCUUCAUCCACAAUACCUGUUGGAAAAUAUCAAAGGAGCAAGAUAUCAUGAGUUUCCUGAUGGGAAACAUAAUUUGCAUUUAAAAUAUGCUGAUGAGUUCAACAAACUAGUUGAAGAAUUUCUGUUGCAGUGAAUAUGGUAACAUCAGCACAAGAUAAAUUUAAAGAAUUACUUCAACAUUAUUUGGGUCCUAUAGUUUUGCUGAUUUGUCAUUUUUUUAAGAACUGAUGGAAAAUAUGAUAUUAAGAAUGACAGUAAUUAUUGUAAUUUUCGAAGUAUGAAAAGUAACCAACAGUAAUUUGUUCUGUUGUUUUCCUUAUCUGUAUCAUCUUGCCAAGAAUGUGGGGGAGUGUGCUGGCUAACAUAAACAUAGAGCAAGGUAUUAAUCCAUACUUUCUUAGUAAACCUUACCAUUAUCAAAUACUCAAUUGUCAAUCAUUUUGUUUUCAUUUUACUUACAGAUGUACUGAUGUAUAGAGUACUAGGUAUGAAAUAUAUUGUUAAUAAUAUAUUUUUAUACAAAAUGGAAUAAAUGAAAUUUUAUUUAUUAUUUGCUUGUAUUUUUUUUUAAAUACCCAAUUAGAGAUAUUUGUGUAGUAUACGUGUGUGUUUGGUGCAUUUACACUAAACAAGGGCGUGUUAUGAGAGUCAAUCAUUAGAACUGAAGAAGCCAUGUAGAAAAUUUACAGUUAAAAAAUGUUAAUUUUAAUCAUUGAGAAUUUUUAAUUAAAUCACCUUUAGCAUAUUUGAUAGUAGGCUAUUGAAGAAAACUAAAUACACAAUUCUGUAAUUUAUGUUGUUUGGGGAUUCAUUCUUUGAGACAUUGUUUAAGAGAAUAAUUUGUUAAUGUUUUGUUUUACUUUCUUCUUAGCAUAGAGAAAGAAUUGUAAUGCUGCAGGUGUAGUGCCGAUUUUUCUGCAGAAAAUCUCGUUUUAUGUACUUAUCUGUUCGUGAUGAAUAAAAACUGUGAUUUUACUUCCUUGCAGGGGUGAAUUCAGAGACCAAUGCCCCCUCCCCCCCCCCUCAUGUUGGGACAAAGCUUUAAAGAAUCUAUGUAGACAUUUCAUUCACAGAACUUCUAAUAUAUAUUAUAAAAGAUUUACUUUUUCCUGUAUUUUGAGAUGAAA